AUGGCCGCCCCAUUACCUUCCUGUCCUUCCUCUCCUGUGCCCAUACGCGUAGAGCCCAAACCAGAACAUGAAUCACUAUCCAUACGCUCCAAAAUGGCCACCUUAUCGUCCUCUUGUCCCCCUGCUUUAGUGGUAACCACACAGAGUCUGAAUUCCCCUUCUUCUAAUCCUCCCCCAAUCAGAGUAGAACCCAAGACAGACCCUUGCCCUGAACCACUAUCCCUAGACCCCAAAAUGUCCUCUCCGUUGUCUUCCUGCCCCUCUGCUAUAGUGGUGACCACACAGAGUCUGAAUGGACCGGGGCUCAGCUUCCCUGGUUAUAACAUGAGAGGACGGCCAUUCGGGGGAAACAGCUUCUGUAAACCCCCAGGGGAGGAGGCAGGCCUGCUGAAACUCCUGACUACAGGCUGUGGGGUCUUCACCUCCACCUGUGAGACCCAGCCCAACCAGGCCCACAUGGAAUCCUACCCGCUGGAGAAGCCUGACUUAGGGUGUAGUUCGGUGCUGGUGUCGGGGUGCGAGGCGGUCCUGGAGGGGGUGCAGACGCCCCUGGAGGCAUGCAGGUGUCCGCCACCGCUAGUUUAUAACAACUGUUUCAGUGGGGGUGACAGCUUCGACGAUGAGUUGACAGUUUACGAGUUCUCCUGCCGGACAAGUUCUCCUCCCGCCUCCCAACCCUCUUCCUCUGCGCUGGCCCUCCCUCUCUCUCCUCUCUCCUCCUUCCUCUCCUCCUCCCCUCCCUCCUCCUCUCCUCUCUCCCUCCUUCCCUCGCUCUGUCAUGCCCCCAUCCUCCUCCAUGGAGCUCUCCCCUAUUCUCUCCCCGCUCCUCUCCCCAUCCAACUGCUUCUUGUCCCAGUCCAGUCUCCAGGACGAUAUCGGCCGACUACGCCACCGCCGCUUCCCACCGCCCCCAGCAGGGUUCCAGACUAUCCGGAGCGACGUGGACGAGCUUAUCACCCUCCUGCAGGGAGGGAGGAUGGGGGGGAGAGGGGGGAGGCACCCAAGGGAGACCUGCGCCACCCACUUCUCAGAGAACAAGCGUCUUCUCCACGGGGAGGCCCGGAGGCUGAUGGCCGGCUGUCAGAAGGUGGUCCGGGUGGGGCAGACCCCGGACGAGAUGCUCUUGUCCCUGUCCGACAGCUUCAAGACCCUGGUGGGCAUGGCCGGCAUGUGCCUGUGGUUCUCCGGGUGCGACCGGUGCGACCGGAGGAACGCUGAGGCGCUGGCUGGGCUGGCGGACGUGGCCAGGACGUACCGGGAGUUUGUGCUGGCAGCGGAGAGGGCAAGCGGGAGGCGGAGCUGUCAUGACCUCAGCACCAAGCUCCUUGCCAAGCAGUGUACUGCCCUCACUGCUUCCGUCUUCUGCCUCACACAGCUGUUCCGCACACUCACCGCCCUCUGA